GCUGAACAUUCCUCCUAACUGAUGAAUGUACUUUCUGGUCUCUUCAGCGUGUUUGAUACCUGUUGAAAAAAGACUUUUUAAAAAAGAUUUUCCUUUGUAAUAAAACCGGAUUGAGUCAGGAGAGCAAGGAGAAGUCUCACCUUUUAGCCACAGGACACCAAGGAUUUUCAUCACUUUUCUCAUUUGGUUCUUCCGUGCUUGCACUACUUUUUUUUUUUUUGCCUGCAGCAGCAGAAAGAUAAUAUAAAGAGAUUGUGUCUGUAACACUAUGAUCUUUUCCACGGUGCCUAUAAAGGUUUCUUUAGCCAAACAGCAGACGUAUGUGUCCCCUUCCAACCAUCAGAUGGCUCCUCCAAGCCCCAACAACAACAACAACAGCAGCAGCAACACCAUCAGCAAUGGCAGUGGCAGCAGCGGCGGCAGCAGCGGAGGAGAGCAGCUGAGCAAAACGAACCUGUACAUCCGCGGCCUCCACCCAGGAACCACAGACCAGGAUCUGGUCAAACUCUGUCAGCCGUAUGGGAAGAUCGUAUCCACCAAGGCCAUCCUGGACAAGACUACUAACAAGUGCAAAGGCUAUGGCUUUGUUGACUUUGACAGUCCGGCGUCAGCUCAGAAGGCAGUGACAGCGCUGAAGGCGGGUGGAGUGCAGGCUCAGAUGGCCAAGCAACAGGAGCAGGACCCCACCAACCUGUACAUCUCCAACCUGCCGCUGUCCAUGGACGAGCAGGAGCUGGAGAACAUGCUGAAGCCCUUCAGCCAGGCUAUUUCCACACGCAUCCUCCGCGAUGCCAACGGAACCAGCCGAGGAGUCGGCUUUGCCAGGAUGGAGUCAACAGAGAAAUGUGAGGCCAUCAUCCAACAUUUCAAUGGAAAAUAUAUCAAGACUCCACCUGGAGUUCCAGUGCCUCCAGAACCCUUGUUGUGCAAAUUUGCGGAUGGAGGCCAGAAGAAGCGUCAGAGCCAAGGAAAAUAUCUGCAGAACGGCCGGCCCUGGACAAGAGAUGGGGAAACUGGAGGAAUGACCCUUACCUAUGACCCCACCACAUCCUUACAGAACGGAUUCUACUCCUCUCCGUACAGCAUUGCCCCCAACCGGAUGAUCGGACCCACCUCCCUCUCCCCAUACAUGCAUUCACCUGUGUCCACCUACCAGGUGCACAACCCGUCCUGGAUACAUCACCAGUCGUACAUCAUGCCGCCCACAGGAGCAGUCCUGACGCCAGGAAUGGACCACACCAUGUCCAUCCAGCCGACCUCGAUGAUGGGGCCCCUGACACAGCAGCUCAGCCACCUCUCCAUGGGCAGCAGUGGCACAUAUAUGCCUGCAAACACAUCUAUGCAGGGGACCUACAUCCCCCAGUACACCCAAGUGCCUGCCACCAACAUCUCAGUCGAGGAAAGUGCCGUCCAACAACCUGUUGCCAUAGAGACACCCACAGAACACACAGCCUACUCCUACCAGCAUAACAAGUGAAGAGGUGGCAGAGAUCUUCCUCUGGAGCUGGAGUGACUCUCAAGGGGCCCAAGUGCAGAAACUCGGCACAGUGACUCUGCACGUAAGGCACCAGACACUCGGGAGGAACAUGUACUGUUACACAGAAAGGACAUUUAAAAAAAAAAAAGAAAAAAAAAAGAUAUUUUCUACAAACUCAUAUUUUAAAACAAAACUCUUUUACUCCAAACAAGCAAGGCUGGAGGAUGGCAGGCGAUGGGAAAUGGAAGAACAGGACAAGGAGUGUCUAUUUUGAUAACAGUCACACACAGACACACAUUACACAUGUUUCAAAGGUUUAUUUGAACUUUAUUCUUUUCUAAUACUACUCCGGGGAGCUAGAAUGAAACCAGGAAAAGAACAUUUCAACAGUCAUGUUUUGUUUUGACCUUUUUUAAGAUGUGCUGAUUUUACUUCUCUCUUUUUUUCAGCCUGAUUCUUUCAGGCUUUGAACCUGCCUUUUUGUACAUAAUUCUUUGUUUUGGUGUGUUACUAGCUUCACGUGUCGUAGUUUGAUUUAUUGGUGCAAAUAUUUGAAUACAGAAGGCUAAAAAAAAAAAAAACACAAGCUGAAGUCAUAUUCAAAAAAGCAGGCGACUCAUGUUUGAAACAGAUAUGGUGCUGACUUGGAUUAGCUUCUCUUGAAGUGGCAGCGAGUUUUUCGGGUAUGAAACCUUACCUGAAGUGGUCUCACUUCUUUUUUGGCACUUGACUCUCAAAUAAUUUAUAGUUCCAACAAUCUCGACAAAGCUUCAGACAAUCGGAGGAUUACAAAGAAGAGAAAAUUUAGAGAUGACGGUCAUUAAUGACGGAUUUCGCAGAGAAGACGCCUUUAAACGAGCUAAAUAGAUUUAAAGCAUUCCAGAGAUUAUUAUCAAAACGUUCUAAAUAUUGGUUUGAGCUGCUCCACUUGAUGAAAUCCAAAGUUGUUCAACAGGGAUCACAUCUCAUACAGAGCUGCCUGUAAAUAAGAGAUUUAAAUUUAUUUAGGCUUUCUUUUGAUUUUCAGUGUAGUAACGCUUCAGUCAUUUUAAUAACAACAUUAUACCAAAUUGUCUGAACAAAGCUAGUAUCUCUGUUUUCUCCUCAUGUCCCUUUUAUAAAAGGGGAAGCUGAAUUUCCACUGACAUCCCACAAAUGUAUUUUCUGACUCAGACUAAGGUGUUGUUAUUAGAGUAUGAAGUUCUUAUUACAUACACAUGGAAAUCAACUUGUAAAGCGUGGCUCUGCCCUGUUUUAUCUUGUGAAAACACUAUCAACGUGGAUUAUUCUGGCCAGUAGAGAGAUUCUUUAAUACCGGCCAUUGCUGUGUGUUUGCUUCCGCAUUUCCGUUUUUCACCCUCAUGUUUCUUUGUUUUUUUACAUUUCUUAUUUAAAGGUUUUCUUAAGUUUUUUUUUGUUUGUUUUUUUUUAAAUUCAGUUUUAAUGCUUUUAAGAUUGAGAUUUUUCAAAGAAGCUUUGAUUUUAUUUUUGAUAGUGUGUUGAGUGCUUCAAAUAGUGAGAAAUAGAUGUUUUCAACUUUGUUUUUUACAUAGUGAUUUGUUUGUAUGUUUGCAUACUUCUCUUGUUCUGGUUUCAGCAUUGAUGUCAAAGAGGCUUUAAUAUUUUUUUUUUCUUUUUAGACAUUUCAGUUCUGUCUGUGUCACCAAUGUUGGCACAUUAUAAACAUGACUCCUGAUCAUGGAUGAAUUAUGUAUGCUAGGUUCAGAUACAUUGCUACAGAGUUGUACCCAAAGCAGUUGGGAACAAUGUAAGAGAAAUAUAUGUUCAAAACCUUGACUUACCUCAUCCUGCCAGAGCAAUGUAGAUUCAGUUUGUGUACAAGGUUCACAGGCAAUAACCAACUACAGUAGGUCUCAUGGCUGUUCACAGCUGGUACUGUGUCCACAUCCUUUAACUCUUCCGUCCAAUGUUCGGAAAACAUGCCCAAGGUCUGAUGAUCUAUGCAAUUAAUUUAUUGUCCUUAUAAAUGCAAUACUACAGAUAUCCAAGAGACACCUCACACUAUGACAAUGGAUCACCUCACAAUAUGACUUCACAUUCUGGCUUACAUGGAUUUUAUUUCAUCAUACAAACACUGAAUUUUUUUUUCUGUUUGUCUCCUGACUGACACAUUCAUCCUUGGUUCAUUAAUUGUUAGUAAAAUUACUGCAUUAAAAGGGAACUAUUUCAUACCAAAAUGUGGUUAAUAUGUAGAAAUGUAGGAACUAUAGAAAAAACAAUAUGACAGGUGUGCUUUAUGUGUAUGAAGGCGGGUGUCGCCCACUUGUCUAUCCACACUUUUUUUUACAUGGACACCAUAGGGUUGUGGUAGAUGUAAUUCACCGUUCCAUCCAAUUAAUUGUGUCUCCUGUCUUGUCCUGUUUGUUACCUUGCUUUCCUCUUUCUCUGAGUAAUUGAAACUGGUUUCUUCCUUUAAACCAUGAAACAGUUCAUUUCCAGGAGAAAAUUAAACUUCACAGAAAUGCCUUAGAUUUCACUGGAAGGGAUAGUGAAGUGCUACUCAGAUUUGAUGGGCUUGAACUCUGACUGGAAUUUCUUUUUUUCAUGCACUGCUAAUUUUGAAAAGAUUUCUGUUGUAUCGGAGCUACUCUGAACAUAGAUCUAUGAAGCAAAGAAAUACAACUUUCAAUUACUAUUUUGUGUUCCUUUGUCAUUCCAUUAUUUUUAUCCAAAUUAUUGAAGAAAAACUGAGUCUAAAGAACUAUUGCUGCUAAGUUUGGAUUGCUAAGUAUUUAGAAAACGUUAGCUGAAGGUCAUUCGAUAUAUCAAGUCACAUAUGGGACCAGUUUGUAACUCAUGUUCAACAAUGUCCAUGCAGUCUGUUUUUUUUCUGUGCAUCAAACAAUCUCUCCUCAGUAAAUGUUUGUCUGUCUGUGCCAUGAUGCAGGUCUUUUGUCUCCUUCAGCUCCCUACAGCUAUUAAACUUUUAACUUGG